CAAGCGACGAGAGAGGAUGCGAGUCUAGAGAGAGAGAGAGAUAAGAAAGCGAAGAAAGAAGCAGUGGAAAAGCAAGCAAGAAGUCGUUUUUUUUUGGUCAAGGACUGUCAGAAAUCGAAACGAGAUUGUGUGGUGCGUAGACGUAGCGCGGAUCGGGUUAUCUGUCCUCCUCCAUCUGGGUGCCAUCUGCGUCUCUGGCUCGGGCUCUAGCCGCACUGGAGCGCGCAUAUGUGGGAAUGCAAACACAUGCCUGACAUAUGAAGGCGUGGAGUCACAAAAAGGAACAGGAUAAGAAAGCACAAGCCGACCACCGCAGCUGUUUUUCACCCAGGACUAAAGAGUGGACUCUACUAGAGAGAAGACCUCCGAGAGACGAAGAGCCCUGCCAUGCCCGGUUCGCCUGUGGAUGCUAAGACUCAUUCCAGAUCAGCCCCCAGCCUCAGUGCCAGCUCCAGCAUGCCCCCCCUGCCCUCCGUCAACCCCAGUGGCCCCCGCCCGGCCUCCUUCUCCACCACAGCGUUGACUAAUGGAAACCACCACUCCCCGCCAACCCUGAACGCGGUGCCGUCUCCACCUCAGCGCUAUAGCAACGGUCCAUCCUCUUCCUCUUCCUCGUCACUGGCCAACCAGCAGCUGCCUGCCACCUGCGGGGCGCGCCAGCUGAGCAAACUUAAGCGCUUCCUGACCACGCUGCAGCAGUUUGGCAACGACAUCUCCCCCGAGAUCGGAGACAGUGUCCGCAGCCUCGUCCUGGCCCUCGUGAAUUCAACAGUGACCAUUGAAGAGUUCCAUUCGAGACUCCAGGAGGCCACAAACUUCCCCUUAAGACCAUUCGUUAUCCCUUUUCUCAAGGCCAAUCUCCCAUUGCUUCAGAGAGAGCUGCUCCACUGUGCACGUGCAGCCAAACAAACCCCAGCCCAGUACCUGUCCCAGCAUGAGCACAUCCUCCUCAGCACCACCCUGGCCUCCUCUCCAGACUCCUCCGAGCUGCUGAUGGAGCCGCCAGAGCCUGCGCCCAAAAGACCCAGCCCCAGCAGAGUCAAAGAAAACGGUUUCCACGAGCGACCGCCCCCGUCCUCGCUGGAGCCCGCCGCCAAGCGCAUCUGCACCAUCAGCCCCGCUCCCCGGCACAGCCCUGCCCACCCACUGCCCCUCAGCUCCCAGCUCCACCCCACCCCCCCCACCCCUCAGCACUACGCCCUGGACGACAUCGCAGCUCCACACAUCCUCCACCGCGAGCACAGCCAGCGCAUGCUCGAGACCAGGGACCUCAAGGAUCGACCCAGACUGCCUGGCACAAACGGAGCCUACCGCGAGGAGCCAGUGGACCACCGGCUGACAGACCGCGAGUGGGCAGACGAGUGGAGACAUCUGGAUCAUGUGUUGAACUGCAUAGUAGACAUGGUGGAGAAGACGAGACGGUCAGUAGCUGUUCUGAGGAGGUGUCAGGAGUCAGACCGCGAGGAGCUGAACUACUGGAGGAGGAGGUCCAGCGAGCAGGAAGAUCCCCGGAAAGGUGGCUCAGGAUCGGCCCCCUUCUCCAAAGCACACAGCCCCCACACAGACUCUGAUUCGCAGCGUGAUUUGCUCACUCCGCGUCAAGGCUCGGCGUACGUCACCGAUGAGAUAUGGCGGAAAGCUGAAGAGGCAGUCAAUGAGGUGAAACGCCAGGCUAUGGAUGAGGUGCAGAAGGCGGUAGCAGAGGCCGAACAGAAAGCUUUUGAGAUGAUUGCAUCCGAACGGGCAAAGAUGGAGAAGACCCUAGCCGAGGCCAAGAGGAAAGCCCAAGAGGAUGCCAUUUUGGUCAUCAACGAACAAGAAGACUCCAGCGAGUGUUGCUGGAACUGUGGAAGGAAAGCCAGCGAGACGUGCAGCGGGUGCAACGCGGCGAGGUACUGUGGCUCCUUCUGCCAGCACAAGGACUGGGAGAGACACCACCUCAUCUGCAGCCCGGGCCUCCAAGCUCAGCCCAAAACCCUCUCCGCCAUCUCCACCACCACCAGCAGCAGCAGGGCGGCGUCGGUCUGCACCUCCGCCCCCCUCAGCAUCUCCGCGGUCAAAACUCUCGACAGCGCCCCCGCCGCAUCGCCAGUGGCAGAGAAGUCAUCUGUCACUUCCAGAUCUUCCACCCCCUCCACCCCAGCGUCCAACACCGAGACGAACGGACACUAAAAAUGACAGAUGAGCGCCCGUUUUUUAAUUUUUUUUCAAACGUGGAAGCUAUGAAUCAGCAAGGACAUGGAAGAAUUUGCGGGUGAAGUUGGGAUACCAGAUAAGUUUCCGCAAACUCCUUGGCAGAUUUUAAAAGAGACGCUUUUGAGGACUGUUUGAGUGAUAUGUCAACUGGGACUACUCCGGGAUUUUGGCAUCGAUUUCAUCCAUUGGACGAGCAGAUCUCAGUAGCAGAUGGAAACGUGCUUGUUAUCGUCCCCCAAAAAAUAACUUUGAAAAAUACCAGGAGGGUGGAAAAUUCGGAUCUAUCUUUUUGACUGUGAAAGGAUGGCAUAUUGAAAAAGACAUUUCGAAAGACCAAUAUUUUUAAUUGUGCAUAAUUUUAAGCUAAAGAGGUGACAAUGGUUCAUUUAAAGGUGCAAUAUGUAGCUUUUCUGAUGGAGGGUCUGCUACUUCCUUGUCUCUAUGGUGAAUGUUCCACAGUAUGGUAUUAAACAUAUCUAUAUUGCAUUUUUCCCAGGCCCGUCAACAGAAAUUUGGGGGCCUGGGGCAAAAAAAUCCUCAAAAUCUAAUAUAAUUCUUAGCCCCUGAUAUGUUUUAUUACAGAUUUUUUUUUUUAUUGCAAAAAAAAAUCUUGAAAAACAUACAUUCUUACUAUGAGUGGGCUCACCUCUCCACAGAUUUGCCUUGUAAUUUGGCUGUAGAUGAAAAUGAAGUUAAUGUCAUAUUUUAGAACAUUAAAAUAACAAGAACAUGGCAGACCUCCCAACCAGAAAAGACCCAUAGUGCGUCUUUAAAAAGUGUAAUUAUACCAGACAUAAGCAUCUGUCCUUGUAUGUAUAUUUGCUUGCCAUUACUUCCAUUAUUGUGUGUCCGUGGAUAUUGUUAAGUAUAUGAUUACUUAUGUCGAAGCAAUAUUACGACUAGAAAAAAUUUCAGGUUCAUGACGAUAUUUUGACAAUUUUCUUUUUUUUUUUUUCCUGCAUCACCAAAGUUUGAAUUGUAAUUUCCAAAAUGUAUAGUUGUGUUCUGUCACCAAAAACAUAGUAAUCGAAUAGACACAUUUACAAAGAUGCAGUUUUACAAGGGUUUAUAACAGGGUUUCUCCCAAUACAAAAUCUCAGGAGCAAGAUAAUGUAUUUGUACAGCUCAUUUUUAUCCUCAUUGGAUCUAUGUUGAAAUGUUUAGUGAUUUUUCUGCUGUUCCACUGUUCUCGUUUUUCCAUUGUUGUAUUGUAUAUUGACUUUGUACAAAUUCUAUGAGAGAAUGCCUUUAUUUUGUGAGCCACAGUCCCCCUUUCUUGUUCAUUCAAUACACUCUUUUGUUAUGAGGCGUAACUUCAUAUUAAAAGAUGUCUU